GCUUCUCGCCUACCAACUCCAGCGCCAGCCCGGACCCGGAUCCAGAGCUUCUUCAGCGGCGACGCAGGGAGCAGGGCUCCCCGCAGUAACUUCCUCCGCGCAGCUCCGCCACCCCCGGGAGUCCCGGGGAGCACCUGCAAACUCCCGCUUGUGCACCGGCCGCCCCCGAGCCGGUGCGGGAGCCCGAGCGAGCCAUGGCCAACGCGGGGCUGCAGCUGCUGGGCUUCGUCCUGGCUUUCCUGGGCUGGAUUGGCUCCAUCGUCAGCACGGCGCUGCCCCAGUGGAAGAUUUACUCCUACGCUGGCGACAACAUCGUGACGGCCCAGGCCAUCUACGAGGGGCUGUGGAUGUCCUGCGUGUCGCAGAGCACCGGGCAGAUCCAGUGCAAAGUCUUCGACUCCUUGCUGAAUCUGAGCAGCACUCUGCAAGCAACCCGCGCCUUGAUGGUGAUUGGCGUCCUGCUGGGACUAGUAGCCAUCUUUGUGGCCACUGUCGGCAUGAAGUGUAUGAAGUGCCUAGAAGACAACGAGGUACAGAAGAUGCGGAUGGCUGUCAUUGGGGGCAUGAUCUUUCUUAUUUCAGGUCUGGCUGUUUUAGUUGCCACAGCAUGGUAUGGCAAUAGAAUUGUUCAAGAAUUCUAUGAUCCCAUGACCCCGGUCAAUGCCAGGUAUGAAUUUGGUCAGGCUCUCUUCACUGGCUGGGCUGCUGCUUCUCUCUGCCUUCUGGGAGGUGCCCUACUUUGCUGCUCCUGUCCCCGGAAAACAACAACUUACCAAACACCAAGGCCCUAUCCAAAACCUGCACCUUCCAGUGGGAAAGACUAUGUGUGACACAGAAGCAAAAGGAGACAACCCUGUUGGAACAAUCAGAAAAUGAACACUGAAAUACUGUAUUGGCAUUAAGAUCUUAGAUUUUGACUAUUGUAGUCUAAACUGUGGUAUUACCAAAAGAACAUAUUUUGUUAAAUACCCAUUGCUAAAAAUGACUUAGUCUUAUUUUAUCUCCUUUCCUCAAUAUAAGAGGGGAGCCUUUUCUAUUUGUAUUACUGCUUCCCACUGAGUCAUCAUCUCAAAUGUGGGGAGAGGGCAUUCUUUAAAUAUAUAUAGAUAUGUACAUGUACAUGUUUUUCUAUAAAAAAGUUAGGUAG